GGCUUUGGGCAGCAGGCCAGUCUCGGGACGGAUGCGACAUGAGGGCUCGUCCGUGAUAUAACAGCACCCGCCAUGACGCUGUUCUAACCAACCGACACUAAAACGCCAAUUUCCAUCCCAUCACCCCACGGAAACUACAAAUCCACCCGGUCCGGCCCACGCACGCCCAGUGCACACCGAGACCAUGGGCCUCUUGGGUCCCGAAGACACCCUGAUGGGCCUCAUCGGGGUGGCCAACAACCUCGACGAACCGCAGCCCAGCAUCAACAAGAAGGAAACCAUCCUAGCCCUGAUAAUCACAUUCUUGGUACGGCAUCACCCCAGGUGCACUCAUGAAUCUGCUCUGGCCGUCGACUCAACCGGGCACGGCGCGGCUUCUGAUGACAGUGAUGACGGUGCUGACUGGACGUGGCAGGCACUGGCUUGGAUAUGUGUGAGCAUCCGACUCUACACCCGCUUCAGGCUGAUCAAGUCGCCGGGGUGGGACGACUUGUUUGUCUUUCUGUCGCUAAUGGCCAUGACCCCCGGUUUGAUCGCCAUAUGUCUGGAAACGACAACUGGCUUUGGGCAACACCUCGUGCUCCUCACGCGUGAUCAGAUGGCUGGAUACUUUCGUAUAUUCUACGUCGCCAACGCGGCUUAUUGCAUGUCGACGGCGCUGAUCAAGAUCUCGCUCCUCCUCCAGUAUCUGCGCCUGUAUGAGCGCGGGACGUACCUGUACAACGUCUGCCGCAGCCUCAUCAUUUUCAUCACGCUGUGGGGCUUCACCUACUCGCUCCUCGCAUGGGUGCCGUGCGUGCCCGUCAGGCAGUACUGGGACCAGGUCUACGACCCCAUGGGUGAGCGCACCUGCUACGCCUACGGCUCGCAGCGCGUCGCCACCUUCACUGCGACGUACGAGAGCCACGCCGCCGUCAACAUGCUGCUCGACCUGCUCGUCAUGGGCCUGCCAAUCCCGCUAUACUUUGACAAGAACACACACAACCGGACCAAGAUGGGGCUGAUCGGCAUCCUGACAUUUGGGACAAUAGUCAACAUCUUCUCCAUUUGGCGCUUCGCCACCAUGAUCCAGCACAAGUCCACGACGUGGCCGACCUUCGACCCGACGUGGUACGGGCCCAUCAGCAUCGUCAUGGCGGGGCUCGAGGUGUCGUCGGCGUGCAUAUGCGCCAGCGUGCCCAUAUUCUGGGGCCCCAUGGCCGUCUCCAUGUCGAAGCUGAUGGGGCAGAUCUUCGUGACCAACGAGAUCCACAUCACAACGGCGCGCGCCAGCGGCAGCCAGGAGGGCUUCCACAAGAGCAGCAGCAGCACCAGCAGCACUGCGGGCGCCGGGCUCGAGCUCCAGGGCGCCACUCUCACCCGCCAGACCAGCGAGAUCGACGCGCCGGAGCGCCACGAGCUCCAGGCAGGCAGGGUCAUUUGGCCAGCGACGAGCGAGGAUGCGUUAGUCAAGCGUUACGAGCUGUGGGCCAAGGUAUGACGACCGUGUUGUGCGUCAUGUACUACGGAUAUGUAUUUCAGGAGCAUAGGCUCGGCGUUUGUCAAGUGUAUCAUCAUUUGCUGUUGUACAGCCUGUCUUGGAUCAAUGACUCGAAUUUAUUAUUAUACCCGGUGGAAUUUUCCAAGCAA